CUUAAACUUGCAAAUUAAAAUGUUGGCUAAUAUUAAAAUUCACGAGCUUUACGAAGUAAUUCCAGACCUCUUAAAAAUGUCAAUUUCACGGCAUUCGAUAUGUCAGGUCAUGACCGCCAUAGAGCUUUGUGGGAACAUUAUUACAAGGAUUGUCAUGGUAUUAUUUUUAUAAUUGAUAGCAGCGACAAGUUACGAUUGGUUGUGGUCAAAGAAGAAUUAGAUAUGCUUCUUCAACAUCCAGACAUAGCAGGUCGCAAAAUACCGAUACUUUUUUUGGCAAAUAAAAUGGAUUUGCCUGAUUCUUUGACUACCGUUAAACUUGUUGCUGGUCUUGGUCUUGACCGUAUACAAAAUAAACCCUGGCAUAUACGAGCGACAAAUGCAAUUACCGGAGAAGGUUUACAACCGGGUAUAGAGUGGCUAACAGAUCAAAUUCGUGAUACAUAUAUCAAUAAAAGAUAA